UAUACGAAAGGGUAGCCAUGUUAGUCUUCCGAACCAUAUGUGGGUAGCAUUUCCCACAAAUUCCACCACAGUUCUCUCUCUCUCUCUCUCUCUCUCAUGGAAGAAGGAUCAAACCCCAAAUGGGAAGGAAAAGCCACAGCCAAUCUUGUAGGCUCAACACCAGAGCAAGUGUGGCCUCUCUUAGAGGACUUUUGCAACCUAAACAAGUACCUCACCACUCUUGACACAUGUUACCAUGUCGAGGGGGAGCUCGGAAAGCCGGGAUUAAUCCGGUAUUGCGGCGCCACGGUACCAUCACCAUCCGGCGGCGACGAGAAGUUGACCUUGUGGUGCCACGAGAAGUUACAAGCCAUGGAUCCAAUCGGAAGGUUGUUGACCUAUGAUGUACUGGACAACAAUAUGGGGUUCAAGUCGUACGAGUCCACGAUCAAACUACUGCCAAUCGACGGUGACGGUGAACCUGGGUGCCUGAUCGAGUGGUCGUUUGUCACUGAUCCGGUGGAAGGGAGUACCCAAGAAGAUUUGGUGAAUUAUCUUGACUCUUCUGUCCGCACCAUGGCAUUGAAUAUGGGGAAUGCUCUCAAGUCGUGUACCGAGUGACGUGGUGGACUUUUUCACGUUAUGAAAAGGUACUUUUAUUUGAAAUUUACUUCGUUUUGAUUUGAUUUUACUGGCAUAAGUGUGAAAGGAGAUUAGAGAAGGAAAGAUUCCCCUUGUUGAUAAUGUUGAUGCAAGUUUUUUGGGAAGGAUAUGUGGAUGCUAUUCUUUUGAUUACUUCAAGGUAUUGCUAGCUUUGAUCUGAUAUUAGAACCUUGUGAAAGUAAACCCCAAGAGGAUGGUUUUGUGGUCAAUGAUUUGGAUUUAGGAAAUUUCUCCGCCUUAA